GCACGCGUAAAAUGUAAAUUCCUCCCAUGUGAAUGAGCAGAUAACCUCAUGAUAAACACGGUUUGUCGAGAAUUGUGGGGUGACAAAACGAAAGCCUUGAUCGAAAGUCUAAAGCAGUAUGGCUAGUGCACCAGAUUCUGCUACUGUAAAGCAAAUGGAAACACUGUUAGAGUGUUCUGUUUGUAUGGAGACAUUAACUCAGCCACGGACAUUGUCAUGCUACCAUUCAUUUUGUAAACACUGCUUGGAGAAUUAUGUCGCCGUUCAGCGCGAGAAGGCUGUUGAAGCUGAAGAGAAAGUACCAGAAAUCUUUGACUGUCCAUUAUGCCGCACGGAGUUUUCAGUCAAAGAAGGGGAAAAUAUUGGCGAGAAAAUGCCAGCAAACCACUUUAUUAACAACCUGUUGGAAUUGCUCAGCAUACAGCAACAAGUCUCUCAUGUAGAAUGCCAGUCGUGUAAAGCGAACGCUCCUGCGGCGAGCAGAUGCAUAUCGUGUGAGAAAUAUCUGUGUCAUAAAUGUCUGGAUGUCCACAACAACUGGCCUGACUUUGAGGAUCAUGUCCUUUUGACGUUGGAAGAACUAUCUAAACCAGAAAACCGAGCGAAGGCGAAAGCCAAACCUCGUUGUGAGAAACACGACAAAGUUCUGAAGUUUUACUGUGAAACAUGCGAAGUCCUUGUUUGUCGAUACUGCAUGGAUCUUAAUCACACUCGGCCCGAACAUGCAUGGUUUCCUUUGGCAGAGGUUGUUGUACAACGCAAAGAAGCGUUAAACGCAUUUUCCGGUAUAUUUGAGAAGCGAAAGAACGGCGCAGCCGAGAGUAAUCGUAAGAUUGAGGAGGCAAUGGUGACCCUGAAGAAAAACGCUACAAAAGCAAGAGACGCCAUCAAGCAGCAGCAACAGAAUAUCCUGAAUGCGUUCACCAAGAAACUCGAGAAAGAAACGACAGCCUUGCUUGACCAAGUUGAGAUAAAAUACAGGGAAGCUAAAGAGCUUCUCUUGAAACAACAAACCGACGUGAGAGCCCAUUUCGAAAAAGCAAAAAGUUUGUUGGAUUUUACCAGCAAUAUUCUUUGCAGUGGAAGCGACGAGGAACUCCUUUCUCUCAAACACGAGAUUGAGGAAAAAGCUGGAAGCAUUGAGAAUGAACGAACAGACUUUAUGAAGCCAGUCCACGAUGGCCUUCUUGAAUAUCUUCCAAAACCAACCAAAGAUAUUAUGGAGAAUUUGAACUUAAACAACUUAGGAAAAAUUGUUAACCCUGUUGUGGUACAGUCCUUGUCUGAAAGAUCAACCAUCUUGGAAGGUAACAUUGACCAUGCUAGGCAACUUGUAGAGUGGAUGAGAGACAAGACGUUUGGUUGGCACCUUUGUUAUCGAGCUUCAUGUGAUGACUGGGAAGGAAGAGAUUUUCAUAGAAAGUGUGACGAUGUCGGAUCAACCUUAAUCUUGGUGAAAUGUGGGACAAACAUCUUUGGUGGUUUUACUGAUCAAAGUUGGAAGUCGUCAACAGCUUACGGGGAGUAUAAACGUUCCAACUCGUCAUAUCUGUUUUCCUUGGUCAAUAAAGAGAAUAUCCGGCCAUUCAAGUGUUUGAUCAAAGUUGGUCAAAAUGACAAAGCAAUCAGCUGUCAACGUGACUUGAGUGCAAUCUUUGGUAGCCGUGAUUGUGAUCUGUUCAUCAGCUCUAAUGCCAACACAAACCAAUAUUCAUUCAGCGUCCUUGGUAACACAUAUCAACCUCCCCCAGGAUUUGAACCUGGAGCACCUCAAACGAAUAUUCUCCUGGCAGGCAGCUUAAAAUUUACCCCAUCAGAAAUUGAAGUUUUUCGGAGUUAAACGUAGGUAAAAUUAAUGGAUGGCAAGCUAUUAUUAAUGCUUACGACAAGCAUGAAAUCUCUAA